AUUACCGGUCCAUUUUGUUUAAAGUGUCGUCCUGUCGUGUUCUUGUACAAAAAUUCGUUUUGUGUUAUUUUUUGUUAUUAAAAAAAAUGAAAACUCGCGCCCCAGUACGUGUAGAAGCUGCCGCUGAAGCAAAACGGAAGCUUUUUGACGUCAUUGGAUAUAAUCAGAUGGGAGGUAGUACAUCCGCCAACGCUCAGCCAGCGAUGAUUUCCCGCAGAACAGCCGAAGCAGUGCCACUAGGAGGUACAGCUAUGCAGAGCCGCCAAGCAAAUCCGUCAGCUUGCGUAUCCACCCUUUCCUCCAAACAGGAAAAAAAGGUUUUGAUCCGACUUGUAUCGGGGCACCCCAUGCUCUGGAAGUCCACUGACAAAUUCUAUAAUAAUAGAAGUCAGACUGCCAGAGCAUGGGGGGAAAUAGCCAGGCAUCUGGGGACCACCGUGGCCAGAUGCCAGAAGGUAUGGCACCAGCUCCGGUACAAGUACCGCGAGAUCAGGAUACGUGAGCUGGAAGCGGUAAAUAAAACAGGAUAUCCCCCUACGCCUCCUACGUGGCAUUGUUAUAGAGCUAUGAGUUUUCUGCGGGAAUGUGUAGAUGAGUCGCUGAGAGUGAAUGGGUUGAUAGAACGCCCUGAAGCACAUGAGAUGGGGUCUCCAAUAGCCUCUUCUACACGGUGGUCCGCUGCGGAAUAGCAGAGCGCCGCAGCGGAGAGAAGAGUGCAGUUGGAGGCGCCCAUUGCAGGAACGUGUCUGCAGG